AUGCCUGUCAAGCCCACUUCAGCACUACCCCAACAAGCUCUCAAGAAUACCCCUUGCACCAUCAAGGCAAAAAGUCUUCUAGCCAAGCUCAGAGCCAUUGAAGAUUGGGAUGUUCUCAUCAGCAUUCACAAAAUGGCUUGCAAUAUAUAUAGUAGGCAUAAAUCUUGGAGUCCUGCCCUGCUCAGUUCAAUGGUCGAACACCUCAUCAAACACCAGUCUAGGUUUUGCACAGUCAUACCAGAGCUCAAAGAUGUAUUCAACGAUGUUACCCCCAUCAUUGACCAGCUUGCCACUGUCUACAACAACCUCACCUUGCAAUUCCCCACUUUCAAUAGCCCCAACCAGGCCCUUGCCAUGGUGAUUGGUACCAGCAUUCAUCUUGAAAAUGGGUUUUAUCGACCCUACCAUGGUGAUGCACCCAAUCGCUUCCUCACCUUUGUCUCUCACCUCAAUGCUGUCUAUGACAAACUCGAUGCAAAUGAACCCCAGCCUUACUUUUGUGGCACCCCCAUUGUUCAGUUGAGUGGUACAGGCAAGACAUGCAUGGUGUAUGAAUGUCAGCAACAAACCCCCCUCCUCUACAUCUGCUUUCACAAUAGCAGUGCCAAGAGCAAUGCCAAGGCUGGCUAUCCACUCCCAGACCAAGGCAUCCAAACCUACUUUGCCAAUGCACAGAGCAGAUAUUCCAGCAGGUGCAACCUUCAAGUGGCCUGCUUCCUUCAUGCCUGGUUCACCACACUUGCCCAAGCAUUGAGACCUUGGAAGACCAAUGCCAAAAAGUAUCAACAUCUUUGUGAUCUCAAUCGAUUUGAACCAGUCACCUGUGAUGAUGAUCUGCCCAAGCCUCUUGACCGCUAUCCCUGCAACAACCACUUCAAGGCCAUAUCCGAGCUCACAGAGAGUGAUCUCCCAAUUGUACACAAGCUCGUAGAGGGGAAAGCUUCCAAAUCCUUCCUAACACCCAGUUACGAAACGAUCUUUGACAUGGCUCUCCGGCAGCCUCUUAUCGAUCUCAACGAGCAGCUAAUUGCCAUGUCGCAUCAUCUGCACUUGGGUCAAGCCAAAGUGCCAGUGCCUCCAGUGCUGGUAGCCUUUGAUGAAUGCAUCGAAAUGAUUGUCACCAAUCCCAAUGCACCCAACAAUCAGCUCAACAGCCUCUGCUGUGCUUGGAACUAUGUUGGUAUGCUCCAGGAUAAAUACAAGACUUUGAGUUUCUGGUUGGUGCUCAUGAGCACCAGCAGCAGUGCCACUUAUCUCGUCGAACAUGUUGAUGAUCAGGCCUCACUCUGUCAAAGGAACUCAGCACCUUUGCAUAUGUUUGUUGGCGUUGGUGUCAAUGUGCUUGCUGAGGAGCAAUGUGCCCUCUCCUGUGCCUCACAGGCAUCCUCGCAUGACCACCUCAUCCAAUACAGAUGGCCACUCUGGCCCACACUCGAGAGCAGCAACUUCUGGGGCAGCAUCCUUGCCAAGCUUCAAGGCAAAAAGAAUUUCUCCACAGACAACAUGGCACAGUGCUUCAGUGUCAUGGCCUCGCAGCUUGCCCUGGGCCUUGUCCUGGUGCAUGAAGGUGGUGGCGCCCUCUUUGGCAAGCAAAAGCUCUUCAUGGACAAGACUGUGGACUGGCACAUGCAUAUGGUGAGCCGCAUAUCCAACGAUGCCACCAUGUAUGUCAAUUCUCUGUCGGAACCCAUGCUGGCAAUCGCUGCCUCACUCAUCAUGUUGUGCACUGGUGCAAAAAAUGUUGGGUCGAAGCCAGUUGACAUGUACAGCUCCAUCAUGGGAAACUUCCAAGGCCGAUGCCUUGUGGACUUGGCAAUCACUGGAUUCAAGGGGAUUUAUGGAGAGCUAGCCUCAUGCAUGGCCUUGGUUGUCACCUGGGACACAGCAAAGCACAAAGAGCUGGAUGCACUCAAGCAACAGAAAACAUCGGAGCAUGUCAAGGUGCUGACCUGUGUGGUGCCUCUCAAAACCAUCCUUUCAGAGCUUGCUAACCUUGACAAGGCCAACACUGACCAAUUGCACCAAUGCAUUGAAAGAGCUGGAACAUUGGCAGCAGCAGCAUCAACAGUGGCAUGGACCAACUUUAUGCAUUUUGAUGUGCUGCCCAAACAUAUCACCGAGAUCUCUCCCAAAUACCUGUGGUACUGUUGGAAGUGUGGAGUUGGACUGCAAAUGGCACACUCGCAGCAUGGCAUUGAUGGCAUCCUCCCCAUCUUUAUGGGCAACCUCAAUCAGCCCUUUGUUACUCCCACUGGCACACAGGAUGAUGCUGCUACCAGCAUUGAGAUGCAUGCUGCAUGCUACAUGACCUAUGUUGCAUGGGAGGCCAAGAAUCGUGACAAACUGCAGCCAGGAGCUGGAUCAGGUAAGCUGGAUGUAAUGCUCAAGCUCACUGGACCAUCGAUUAUGCAUGCCUCACAUGCACUGCCGGGUGAAAAGCUACUCACUGAAAGGGCUCUGCUCUGCAUUCUGCUUGACCUGGGCACCUCAACACCAUUUGCCAGCAAACCUAAAGGAUCCCACCUGCGAGUGCAGAUGAUCAAUGGCACUGAAUGCCCUCAACUCUGCAUCUGA